UUUGACCUGUGCAUUGUUCCAGUCUUGCGAGGAUGGAAAGUCCCCCCAGCCUCUUUCUCAGGUCCUGUGUGUCCGAGUGUGUGAACCAUGUUGUGCGUAGUGGUGUGGGUUGUAUCUGUCAGCCAAUCACACGCUAGCUCUGAGGAAGCAGGAAGGAACAUGUUGCAGCGACCAAUGAGAAGCCGGGGCUGGAGGAGGAGGCCCCCUUCAGGAAACCACUGGCAGAGUAUCAGAGUCUCAGACCUCCAACAGACUUCCUAACCAACACGGCUGAUUGUUCUAUCUUCCCGUCCAUCCACUUCUUUAACUUAUUUUACAUUUCAGUCACUCUAGUCAUAUUUUCCUAUCUUUUCUUUCAUUUAUCUGUAUCCGUGCGCUGUUCCUCCAAAUCUAACCUCUAAUCUUGAAUCAGUGUCUAUCCAUUCCGUCUUCCAUCCGAUUGGCAUUCCGUCGUCGCUCCACGCGGUAGAAAAGUAUGGUGUUUUCUUGCGCCGUGCUGCCGCCGUCAUGUCCACUGACAUGUCCGCUCUGUCCGUGAGGAAGAAGAAGUCUUUUGCACGGAGCGUAAAGCCAAGCGUCAGGAUGUGUAUUCGGGAACAGAGGGAUGUCAUAACCAUGUCGUCUCCAGAGAUGUGCUGGCCGGUGCCGAUGCGAGCCAUCGGGGCCCAGAACCUGCUCACCAUGCCGGGAGGAGUUUCCACCUCAGGAUACCUCCACAAGAAGGGAGGCAGCCAGUUCAGCCUCAUGAAAUGGCCACUGAGGUACAUCAUCAUCCACAAAGGCUGUGUGUACUACUUCAAGAGCAGUACCUCUCCUGCACCACAGGGGGCGUUCUCUCUCAACGGCUACAACAGAGUGAUGAGAGCAGCAGAGGAGACAACGUCCAGCAACGUGUUUCCUUUUAAGAUCGUUCACUUCAGUAAGAAGCACAGGACGUGGUUAUUCUCUGCAGCCAGCGAGGACGAGAGGAGGAAAUGGAUGCGAUACCUGCGGAGGGAGAUAGAUCACUAUAACGACAGACACGAGUCCCACAUUCCAAGUGACUCAGAUUCAGAUGCAGACAGUUUCUAUGGCACGAUUGAGAAGCCCAUGGAUAUUAAACACCCCGUGGAUAACACAGAAGAUGAUUAUGAAGAGGAUGACGACGACGAUGAAGAAGACUAUCUGAAGCCAGACAGUGACUGUUCGCUUCCAUCGACAGGUCGACCCACUGGGCCGCCCCCCUCCUACCCCCCUCCCCCGGUGCCGGCAGGUUUCUCCAAAGGCCCACCCCCUCCUGUCCCGCCAAUACUUAGAAUCCCAACCAUCCCGCUCCCCAAAAAGCCCGCGCCCACUUUCCCCCCUCCCCCUAUACUCAAUCAUCCCAUCAAAGGCCCGCCUCCUGCUCUUCCCUUCGCACCCCACCUGCCCAAGCCCCCGUCUCCCACCCCCCCGCCUCCUCCACCCCCCAAUGUGAAAAAACUGCAUCUUCAGAACAGGGCCACAUCUGUGGGGGGGACCGGAAACGACAAGAGGGACCGGAGGCCCCUGCCGGCCGUAUCGGUCUUUACCCCGGCUACUCUGCCCAUCUGUGACCAGUUAGAAGCCCGGCUGGGGAUUAACGGACCCCGUACGCCUAAUGCCCACUCAGUGGGCAACAACCACCACGGGAUGAUCAGCAAGCAAAGCCUACCUCAUCAUUUGAAUAUUGGAGUGUCUGCACUCAGGCCUGUGAUUCCAGACUCCUCCAUCCACCCACCGCUGCCCGGCCACCCUCCGCUCUCUCCUCUACUAAAACCUGCUCUCCACAAUAAACCGGGGAUACCUAAACCUCCCCCGCCAACAGUCAAACCCCCGCUGCCUGGAUCCAAGACCAAGCCGCCAGGGACGCCCCGUCAAAGAGCAUCUCCAGACGGACAGAGUUUCCGUUCACUGGGAGAGGAGACGCCCGCGGAGUUCAGGAGGAAACGAGACAAACACAGUGACGGACACGAGUCUGAUGACGACUAUGAAAACGUGCAGCUGCCAGACUCUGUGUUCAUCGAUACGACUGAAACCAGCAUCGUAGAAAAGUUAUUCAGAGAGAGCCCCAUCCCCCCACAGGACGGACUGUACGGCAUCAGGAACUCAGGAACCAAAACAUCAAAGGUGCUGGUGGUGUGGGAUGUCAGUAUAGGCAAAGCUAGAAACUACCGGCUGUUUCAAGAGGAGGACUGUGUGUUUCUGGACACUGAAGUCACUUUCCCCAACCUGCCAGCUGUGAUCGAACACUACUACAGCCACCCUCUCCCUCACCACGGCUCACUCUGCCUGCAGAAGCCUUACACAAAGUCACUGCACAGCUGAUCCACUGUCAACUCAACAAAAACACAGCGGAAACCAAAGAAAAAACGGUGUGUCAGGACGUCUCUGCAAUCCAUCUCUGUCAGCGACACAUGGAGAGAAAGUGACUCACAGAGAUGAAAUAACUGUCACAACGUAUUAGAGCAGAUUGUUCCUCUCACUGCUCUGUGGAGAAGAACUUGUUGCUGCAGCACAGUGGAGCACGUAGAGCUUCAUGAUGAACAGCUCAGACUGUCUGGCUGCUCCACUGAACAGCAGCUAUUAUGCAACUUGUGUCAGUCUUAAUAACAAGACGAAAGACAUUAGCAAUCAGCAGUUAGUGGAACAUUAUUUAACUUAUUUUACAACAAACUAGUCUAUGUUAUUACAGUAAAGCAUGCUAAUCCCCUUUUUUUGUGCACUGAAAACUCAAGUUACUGUAGAUACACGUCAUUUAUUCAGGGA